CUGGAGGCAGCUCAUGCCUGGAUCUCCAUCCCCUUCUGUGCCAUGUACCUCAUAGCCCUCUUCGGGAACCUCCUUAUCCUAUAUGUCGUGAAGAUGGAGCCAAGCCUCCAUGAGCCCAUGUACUAUUUCCUCUGCAUGUUGGCCAUUGCCGACCUGGUCCUCUGCACGUCCCUCCUGCCCAAAUCGCUGAGCAUCUUCUGGUUCAAUUCCAGGGAGAUCAAUUUCAGUGCCUGCCUCACCCAGAUGUACUUUAUUCAUGGCUUCUUCAUGACCGAGUCUGGGAUCUUUGUGGCCAUGGCGUUUGAUCGCUACAUCGCCAUCUGCAAUCCGCUCAGACAUGCUACCAUCCUGACAAACCGUUUAGUGGCCAUGAUCAGCCUGGCUGUCUUGCUCCGUGGCUGCAUAAUUGUCCUGCCCUAUAUCCUACUGGCGAGUCAGCGACCUUAUUGCAGAACCAACUUCGUCCCCAACACGCACUGCGAGCACAUGGCCGUGGUGAAGCUGGCCUGCGCCGACAUCCGCGUCAGUAGCUACUACGCGCUCUUUGUGGUAUUUGGUGUGACUGGUCUGGAUGUGGUUUUUAUUACCGUGUCCUACACCCGGAUCCUCAGGGCCAUUUUACGUCUCCCCACAAAGGCCGCCCGGCUCAAGACUUUUGGGACAUGUGGUUCCCACCUCUGCGCUAUCUUAGCCUUUUACAUCCCACGACUCUUCUCCUUCCUCACACAUCAGUUCGGCCAGAAUGUGCCCCUGCAUGUCCAUGUUCUCAUUUCUAACAUGUACCUCGUCGUGCCCCCCCUACUAAACCCCAUCAUCUACGGGGUGAGCAUCAAACAAAUCAGGAGCCAUCUGUUUCGGCUUUUUAUUAAGGACAUGCCUUAA